CUGCCCUCAGUUUUCCCUCUCCCACUCUCCUCCGCCGCCGGCGCCCGAUGCGCCACCUCGUCGCGGCGGCGAAACCAUCCCGGCGGCGGCAUUUAUUCUUCUCCGUAUCCCCCUACCACCAACUCUCCACCACGACCACCAGCGGCACCAAUUCCUCCCAUCUCUGCUCCUUCUACGACCCCGCGGCGCAGUUCCUCCCCUCCGGCUCUCCCCGGCACCUCUCCCUCCCCACCUCCCUCCGCCGCGACUCCAUCCUCGGCCUCGCGCGCAUCCUCAAGUCCUCCCUGCAAUGCCACCUAGCUCUCCGCACCCUCACCUCCCAGACCCCCCCGCUCCAUGCCCGCUUCGCCGCCGCCUCCCGUCUCGCCAUCUUGUCCCCGGCGCUGCGCCCCUUCGCAUCCCUCCUCCUCGCCGCCCUCCUACCGGCCGCCUCCCCGCAUCUCCUCGCCUGGUGCGCCUCGCCCGGCGGCGCCCCGUACGCGGCCCUCCGCCUCGCGCUCCACGCCUUUCUCGCCGCCGGCAUGCCGGCUGAGGCGCUCGUCGUGCUCGCACGCAUCCGCAGCGUUGGGAAAACGCCCAGCCUCUCCGCGCUCGCGACGCUGCUGCGCCUGCUGUUCCGCGAGGGCAACGUCCAGGCCGCGUGGAAGGUGUUCGUGGAAAUGACAGCGAUGGGGCCACGGCCGAGCCUCCCCAUCUUCAACGCCAUGAUCCUAGGGUUAUGCCACAUGGGGCUCGUCCCUGUAGCUGUGGGAUUGCUUGGUGUCAUGUGGAGGUUCCAUGUUAUCCCUGAUGCGUGCAGCUAUAACAUCCUGAUCAAGGGACAUUGUGUGUUUGGGCAGGCAGGGGAUGCUUUUGAGCUGUUUGAAAAAAUGCACAAGUCAGGGUGCGAGCCGACUGUUGUGACGUAUAACAUUUUGGUGAAUGUACGGUGCCGUGAUGGGAAUAUGGUGGAGGCAAGGAGGCUGUUCGAUGAGAUGGUGGCGGUGGGGGUCGAAGCAAAUACAAUCACCUUCAAUGUUUUAAUCGAUGGAUAUGCAAAGACUGGGCAGAUGGAUGAGGCUGAUGCCGCCUACAGAGAGAUGAAGGAGAGGGGAUUGCUGCCAGAUUGCUGCACCUUCAACAUUCUUUCUGCUGGAGCUUACAAGUUUGGAAAGACCGUGCACUUAGCACAUGAGCAGCAGGAGCUGUAUGAAAUGUUUGGUUCACAGAUAUCAGCAGACAAUAUAGAUAUGACGAUCUGUAGACUUUGUUGGGAUGGACGAUUGGAUGAUGCCCGGCAGCUUGUGUGUUGUGCAAUCGAGCAGGGUGCUCCAGUGAGUGUUGCAGGUUUUAAUGCUUUGAUUGCUGCAUAUAGCAAGGAGGGAUUUGAAGAAGAAGCUCUCGAGUUAUAUAAACUUAUGAAAGAGAUUGGCCUUGCACCCUUAUCCUCCACUUUCAAUUACUUGAUACUGGGUCUAUGCAAUCAAGGAAGACUAGAUGAUGCACAGCUUUUGCUAGAACAUAUGAUUAGUAAGGGAUAUUCUGUUGGUACCUCAUUUACCGUUUACAUGGAUUCAUGCUUCAGGUCUGGUAAUGUAGAAGGUGCCUUGAAAUGCUGGGAUGAUAUGGUGAAAGUUGGUGGGCAGCCUGAUUUUAUCGCUUUCUCUGCAUAUAUCAGUGGCCUUUGCAGAUUAGAUCAUGUAAAUGAGGCUUAUCGGGCAUUUGUGGAGAUGACAAGAAGAGGUCUUGUUCCGAACAAUAUUACUUACAAUUCUCUGAUAUCUGCGUUUUGUAGGGUUGGCCAUGUGGCCAAAGCACUGAAACUAGAGCAGAAGAUGAGGCAGAGUGGUCUUGUUCCUGACGUUUUCACAAGCAACAUUCUGAUUGAUGGUUUUUGCAGAGAAGGAAGGUUGGAUAUGGUGAAUAACCGUUUCUUGGACAUGCGCAGUAGUGGCUUAACUCCUGAUGUAGUGACAUACAAUACAAUUAUUAAUGCAUAUUGCCGGGCCCAGGAUAUGAACGGUGCCAUGGUUUUCAUGAACAAGAUGCUUGCAGAUGGCUGUGAUCCAGAUAUUUUCACAUAUAAUAUUUGGAUUCAUAGCCUCUGCAACAAUCAUUCGAUGAAUCGAGCAGCGAGAGUGCUGGAUGAACUUGUUGCUGUUGGUUUCACACCUAAUUCAGUUACAUACAACACACUGAUGGAUGGCAUUUGCAAUGAUGUCCUUGAUCGAGCUAUGAUUCUCACUGGUAAACUGAUUAAGAUGGCUUUUCAACCCAACACCAUCACAGUUAAUGUUUUCUUUUCUCAUUUCUGUAAGCAAGGUCUUGGAAGGCGAGCCCUUCUGUGGGCUGAGAAGCUCAGAGAAGAUUCUGUUGCUUUUGAUGACGCUACAAUGAAUAUACUUGACUGGGCUUCCAAGGAGAUGGAUGAUGACCUCCAGGGUAGAGUUGCUGAUAUUGACAAAUGUAUGUUUCUCGAGUUCUUAAUGCUCAUAACGUACAACACCAUGAGCAAUAAUAGAUCCCCAAAGUUUAGACAUGUGCCUGUCGAGACAGUUAUUGUUGCUUCCGGCAGCAAUACAAUCAAAGUUUUAGAUACUGGGUAAUAGCCAAAUUUCAUAAUCACAUGAGCUACUUGAAAACAUUAGCCACACGAUCAAUGUUUUUGGUGUCGAUGAGGGACGUUGGCAUGACACAAUGGUCGCCAGCCUGGAGGAGGCAAGCAAGCAGAUGUCAAUUAGCCAGCCAGACAAAGAGAGUAGGAGGAGGAGGAAGAAGAAGACGAGACUAAUCGGUCAGGGUGUGUGAUCGACGGGGUCGUGCGCCAACGGGCACCAUCUACUGCUGCAAGCACUGCGACUCCGACGUUGCCUAUGCCCAGCGCAUUGUCUCCAAGAUGUUUCGCUGCAAGCAUGGCAAGGCCUACCUCUUGAACAAGGUGUCAUUUCAGGUUCAUCAAGCUGCCCGUGUCCAUCUACCACCCAAGCCAUGUCGCGGAGCAACAGAGGUCCUUCACAUGAUCUUCUUCAGCUGCCUCCAGUUCAAGAAUAACUUGGAUUUUCUCAGAAAGAUGUAUUAUGAGCUGAAAUUUGAAAGUGACACUAGCAUAACUUGGAUUUUCCCAGAAAGAUGCAUGAUCCAUUUUGAAAACAACAGGCCAAUGCCUAGGCUCUGCUGCUGCAUAUAGGAAUUUUGGUUGCUUUCGUCUUUCUUGGUGAUUUCAACAACAAUGGGUUUCGGUGGACUACCUCCUCAGCUACUUUAGCUUCUUCACUGCAGGGCGAUGACAGCCUCAUGACAGCGGUGGUCGCGUCUUCCUUGGUUCUGGCUUGGGGAACUUGAUACACUCAAGGGCAACGCGGAGUCGGUUGUCAAGCUGAAGGGGCUUGGCAUCGAGAACAUCCAGCAAUCCAUACAGUUUGAUGAUCUGGGCUCCCAUGACUACCUCCUCGGCUACAACUACUUAG